AUGGAAGAAAGAACUCCCCUGAACCUGGAUUGUCAACACUGUUCAGUAAACUCAUCAGAAGACCUUUCCUCUUGGAAGGUGGUGAACCAGGAGGCCCCCAUCUUGAUGGGCCAGGAUCAGGUAAGGCUCCAGUCUGCAGACAGGGGUAUAGCCAACUUGACCCCUCACGAUGCUACCCUGGACAAGGCAGAGAAGUGGAGGCUCCAGAAGAGGGGCAUGAAGGGGAGGGGCACACAAAUGGACAGACAGACAGAAAGAAGGACUGGAGGAGCCAAGGGGACGGGUAUGGGAGCAGGGUUGGAGAGAUGA